AUGAAGAAGGGGUCGUCAUCCCGUCGCAGCCACCCCCCCUCCCCAGAACACCCCCUCCUCACCAAAAAGAACCUCUGCCAAAGCACAGAACUCCCCCCUGCCAGACCCACCCGUACAGCAUCCCCCUCCAGGAACAGUAGGAAGCCUGGAAACAAGCCCACCACCCCCACGGGAAACAAGAGUACCACUCCCUCCAAAAGCUCUGGGAACAAGCCCUCCACCCCCACUAACAGCUCUGGGAACAAGGUCACACCCAAUAGCAGCUCUGGGAACAAGACCACCACACCCACUAGCAGCUCCGGGAACAAGAUUACCGCCAGCAGUUCCAGGAAAAAGGCAGCCGCCACCCCAGCAACCGUUACCCCGGCAACAGUUACCCCGGUAACCCGCUCCUCUGCAUCCCGGGCAGCAAACAGUGCCCUGAGACGGCGCUCCACCCCCUCCAGCACCACCCCGGCCAGGAGCCCCCUGGUCAUCAGCCGGAAGCCCUCCCCCAAGCAGAACCCCCCCAAGCAGACUCCCCCCAAGCAGACCCCCCCUCAGCAGCCCAGCAAGACUGGCGUGCUGCGAUCCUCCAGCCUCAAAACGGCCGCCAGUCAUGUCGUUGCCAAGGCAACCACCUCCGCCCGGUCCCCGCUUGCCAGGCUGAAGAAGAACAGCGGCCUGAGCAGCAGCACCACCAGCAUGUGA